GGGAAGAGAGAGGGAGGGGUAGAGAGGCACUAUAAAAGCAUGCACUGAAGCUUUCUGUGGCAGUAGCAUUUACAAACCAAGACAGGGACAACUUGGAACGGAGAGAGAAAGGAAGAGAUGCAGAGACAGAAAUAACGUGGAGGGAAAAAGAUUCAAAGAUUCAGACCGGUUCACAUUUACGAGGACUGAACGAUUUGAAGAGCAGACCGUGACACCUAAAAGCCUUUCUCAGUACAGGCACUGAUAUAACGUUACCGUUUGAUGUGCUAUUACUGGAAACUUUCUCGCACUGUCCUCUAAGAUAGACUCAGAUUGAAGCGGAGGCAUCUGAGAAAAGAAACUGCAAGAAGUAAGUGGGGGGAAAAAACAGAAAUUGUUUGUUUCUGUUUUCUUAUUUUUUUUUGUGUCUCAUCUGAGACCUUGUUUCACUCCCAGUUUCAAACCUGAGUGCACACUUGAUCUUUUGAAAUUUGGUUCAGAGGCCCUUUUGCCAACAUGGCCACUGUGCGUCAGAUACCCCUGGGCACUUCCAGCUUCCACGUACUUCCAGCCCAUCUGCUAGCCUCAGCCAUGGAGGAGUUCCCUCAGCAACUGCCUGUCCCGAAGGGCCCAGCCCGGGGUAAAAGCCGUCCUCGCCGGCCCCGGGAAGCCCGCUUUAAAACCCAGCCUGUCACCUUCGCUGAGAUUGCAGAAGUGGAGGAGGAAGGAGCAUCCCCGUUGGAAGAGGAGAGAGCUCGCCGGUCAUUCCUGCAGUCGCUGGAGAACCUGAGGAGGAGCACACAGGCGCUCCACUGCUCCGCCACCCUCAACAGCCGGACCACCACAUCUACACAGGCCAGCCUGGACUCCAGUGACUCUGACUCCACCCAGUAAGGGGAAAGCACAGGCCCACUUCCUGGUGGUUGCACACUCCCAUUUUAUCCCUUCUUUCAACAUUCACCUGAUACCGAGAACUAACUAAUUAGCUUAACAGUUAAUUAACUGAACUGAACUGUUGGCCUAUCCGCUCCAGCAAGCGUAGAUGCCAUUGGCUUAAAAAAAUAAAGGCCACUUUCUACAACAAAACAUAUAUAUAUAUUCUCAUACCAAUGUAUAUUACUGUAUUUUGCAUUUGCGUUCUUUUGUAAAUAACUCUACCAGUAAUGCUAAUACUGGCUGGUUAUGUUGCUAAAGCUGCAUAUAGAGAAGUGUUACCAGAGACACAGUGUUCAAUACACCACUGAGAUGUAUUCCUUUGCUAUCUUAGAUUACUUCAAACAACAAAAUUUAACUUGAAACAGUCUUGAAAAUGCAACGUGUCCUUGGAUUUUCAAAAGGAUGGAAAUGGUCAACGUUUAUUUUCAUGUCUUUUUGUAACAGUAUAUUCUGCUUCUUAUCAGAUUUUGUAGUUACCACUCAUCAAAGACAGGUGACAAAGAGGUUUUUGAAAAAUCAUAGCACGCACAAGUUUUACAGAGCUUCGUCAGAACUCUUCACUUUGAUGUCUAUGCUCUACACUAGUAUUAUGUUCUACACUAUUGUCAACUCUUAAGAGUAGAAACAUGAUAUGCUUCCAGAUAUGUAUUUUCUUAACAUAACAUAGUGAAAUUAUCAAUGUUAUUUUGCUCAUCCUUUUGACUUAUAAAGUCACCUGAUUGAUUUCAGAAAAAAUAUCUUUAUACUCUUGUUUUACAGAUAUGUUGAUUGUGUUGUUUCUUAUGUAUUUUAAUAAAUAUUUGACAAUA